CUAAGAGCGGAAGUUUGCCAAGCAGAGUGGAGACGAAAGAGCGGCGGUUUGAAGAGCUGUGGAGCCUCGCCUGUGCACGUACGGAGAGAGCAAAAGAAGUCAUUUGAUAAGACUUCUAAAAUGGAAAACUUCAUUUUGUAUGAAGAAAUUGGAAGAGGGAGCAAAUCCAUUGUCUAUAAAGGGAGGAAAAAGGGCAGCAUAAGCUUUGUUGCCAUCAUCUGUUGUGACAAAUCCAAGAAAGCUGAAAUCACUAAUCAUGUGCGUCUCACCCAUGACAUGAAGAAUGAGAAUGUGGUUUCUUUUUAUGAAUGGUACGAGACUAGUAACCACCUCUGGUUAGUGGUUGAACUCUGCACGGGUGGAUCUUUGGAAACCGUUAUUGCUCAGGAUGAAUAUCUUCAAGAAGAUGUUGUCAGAGAAUUUGGGAUUGAUUUAGUCAAAGGACUAAACUACAUCCAUGAACUUGGACUUAUCUUUUGUGACCUUACUCCUGGAAAGAUACUUCUAGAUGGUCCAGGAACCCUGAAAUUGUCCAACUUUAGCUUGUCUAAAGUACAAGGAGAGAGCUUGGAGGAAUUCUUUGCUUACAUUGUCUCAACAGAAGGAGGGGAUUGUGGUGAAAUCACACCCAGAAGAAAUCUCAAGAACAGAGUUCAAGGAUCUCCAGUAUAUUGUGCUCCAGAAGUUAUUAAUGGUUCUGAUUACUCCAUUGCAAGUGACUUUUGGUCCUUGGGCUGUAUUUUAUAUGAGAUGUUCACAGGGAAGCCACCUUUUUUUUCAGAAAGCUUUUCAGAACUAACUGAAAUGAUUUUACGCCAAGAUCCUCCACCUCUGAAACCAAAAGGGCAUGAUGACGGUAAACCUUCAGUUGCUUUUGAGAAUUUGCUGAAUUCCUUGCUUCACAAAGAUCCCCAUAAAAGGAUAUCCUGGCAAGAACUUUUGAAGCAUCCUUUUUGGAAUGGAGCUUUCACUGUCGAGAUGGCAGCAAUCCUCAUGGAAGGGGAAUUCAGCACUUUAAGAAACAGCAAGCAAUAUCACAGUGAUGAAUUAAGUGGCCCGGAAGACACAAGGCAGAGACCAAGACCUGGUCCAGAAGCCAGCCAGUUUCUUACCAAAUCAUUUACAAUAGAUAAUGUUGCUGAAUUGAGGCCAAAACGUGCUGCAAAUGCCGAUGACAACGAAUCAAUUUUUCUCCUCAGCUCUCGUCCCACCCCAAGGACUAGUAGUGCGGCCCAGAGUGCACCACUGAAGAUUUCUAAAUUGCAGAGUGAAGUUCCUGAUAUGCAUGCAGGUGACGUGCAUUCAAAAAUCAAAGAGCUGAUCUACAUUGAUACUGAUCUCACCAUCACACCCAUCAUUGAUAACCCGAAGAUCAUGAAGAUAGUUCCUGUGAAAUUUGAUUCCAAAAUGUUGAGUGUUCCCUGUCAUUCGUCUGAAAAGUUAGCAUCCCUUAAGGAUCACGAGUGGAUUCACUUUGUGCAGCAGGUUUGCUCAACACUGGAGUCCGAAGAUAAGGUUACUGGGGCUCCGAGGACCAAGCUGAACCUGCUUUGCUAUCUUUGCUCAGUGGCUUCUCACAAGGAAGUAGCAUCAAAAUUAAUAAACUCCCAUCUGUUUCCAUUGUUAACUCAGCAGCUACGGACGGCUCCAAACUGGGAUGUGCGUGCCAAGGUGAUUCGUGUCAUUGGGUUGCUGGCUUGUCACACCGUGACUCUGAAUGAAGAGGUCCCAGUAAUAGAGGCCAUCUCUGUUCUUACGGAACUGAUCCGGGAAAAUUUUAGAAACAGCAAGCUGAAGCAGUGCCUGCUGCCCUCCCUGGGGGAGCUUCUGUACCUUGUUGCCACUCAGGAAGAGAAAAAAGAGCCCCCUGGAGAAUGCUGGGCUGUUCCUUCAGCCGCCUACACUGUGCUAAUGAGGUGCCUUCGGGAAGGGGAAGAACCAGUUGUCAAUCAUACAGCUGCCAAAAUAGUAGAGAACGUCUGUACGACGGUCUCUUAUCACGCACAAGGCUUCCUCACCGGGGAGAUUGGACUUAUGCUGUGGUACCUCUUCACUCAUUCUACAGUCGACUCUUUAAGAGUUACUGCUAUUUCGGCGCUGUGCAGGAUCUCUCGCCACACUGUCGGUGCUUUCCAGAGUGUGAUUGACAAGGUCGGCCUUCCAGCUGUUCUAAAUACUCUGGCUUUGGGAAUCAGCCGUGUUCAGCAAUGCAUGCUUACCAUGUUCUCUGCCAUGUUGCUGUCUGGAGUUCAUCUGCAGAGACUCGUCCAGGAAAAGGAUUUAGUUACAAAAGUCAUUCGAUUACUUGAGGGUCCUUCGCCAGCCAUUCGUGCAAAGGCUUUCCUUGUGCUGCUGCAGGUCUUAAUGAAUAACAGGGACAUGCUACAGUUGUGCUGCAAUUCCAGACUGGUGAUGUACAUUGAAAGAGACAGCAGAAAGGCCAUGCCAGGGAAGGAACAACAAAGCUGCAAUGAAUACCUGUCAAAGUGCCUGGAUCUGCUCAUUCGUCACGUUGUGCAGGAGCUGCCAGCGAUUCUGGGUGAUAUCCUUUCAGCAUUAGCGAAUGUUUCGAGGCGCAAACAUCCAUCAACUGUUCAGGCCAAGCAACUAAAACAAUGCCUUCCCACAAUGUCCAUUGUUCUUCAUCUUCUAACUUCACAGAUUUUUAGACCACAGAUUGUUAAUGAAGAUUUCCUUUCGAAUUUAGGAGAACUUCUGAAUCACAUCAAGCUAAUAGACACCAAUGAAACGAGUGCAGUAGGACAAGCUGCUUCAGAAGAACUUACCAGGAGCACUUUGUCAGCAAUUGAAGCGGUGGCACAGCACCCAGCUCUGGUGAUGCAGUAUCGCUCAGCUGUGGUCACGUCUAUUCUCCCACCAAUGGUUUCGCUAGCAGUGAGCAGAAACGUGGAGUGGAGGGUCUUCAGUUUGCGGCUACUGUCAGAAAUCACCUUGCUGCUGGUCAAUCAGGAUACUGUUGAGAAAGGGGAGAACCAAAAUCCCAACGGUCAGCUUGUGGCUCUCAUUUCAGAGUCGUUGAUUCCACAGUAUGGCUCUCUACUCCUCGAUCAGGAUCCAGUUCCAGUGUAUGCGUUAAAGUUGCUUGUAGCUUUGACUGAAGGCAGCACACCGAUCAUCAGGCUCAUUGAAGAAAACCACAUUCUUCCCAUUGUGUUUCAAGUGAUUUUGGAACAUCAAGACAAUGUCCUGGGUGGCACCAUGCAGGCCGCAGUGGGACUACUGAGCAAUCUGGUUGUCCAUAAGGAGACAAAUCUCCAGGAGCUCUUCAAAGAAGGGUUGGUUGAUCACGUCUGUAAUAUUUUUAUCGAAGCAAGUGUCCUGUACCUGGAAGGAGAGAAUAAAUCCAGUAUGAAGAAUGGAAGCUCUCUCCUGCUGCCGUUGCUGGACAUCAUGCAUUGUUUGCUGAAGCACACUUCUGCCAUCGUGAGGCUGGCUCUGCAGGCCCAGAAAUCUGACGCAGGUGGGGACACUCAGGAUGCAGAGGACCUUUUGCUUAUCAAUAAGCCCCUAACCGACUUAAUUAGCUUGCUUAUUCAGCUGUUAACGAGCGAUGACACCGAAGUCUAUGAAGGUGCCAUUCAGUGCCUGUCUUUAUUAGUUCAGCUGUAUGGAGGUGACAACCCGGCCAGCAUGUCUCCAGAAAAUGUGCAGUGUUUCACCGAAGCCCUCCAGACACAGCAGGACCCGAAGCACCUGAAGCUGCUGCUCAGGAUUAUUAAACGCCUGAUCACAUCAAACGAGAAGCAUUUGCGGAGCCUGAAGGAGGCCGAGGGUCUAGUGGGGGCUCUCCAGCGGCUGACGGAGACGGCCAGAUUCAAAGCGGACGUUGCCCUUACAUCACUGGUCAGUGAAAUUCUGAAGAGCAUCAGAAAUUAGGAAAAUGAAAACCACGUGCAACGGGAGGACACUACAUGGACAUUCUGUCCCACAAACUAGCCAUGUUGUUUAUUUAUUUAUUAUUUUUUAUGUCAUUUUUUAAAUAAAACUUUUAAGCAAAGUCAGCUUUGCUUUUU